CUCAGGAGCUGGUGAAAGCAUGGCAGCCUCCCGACUCUGUGUGUCCGUGCUGCUGCUGCUGCAGAUUCAGCUGCUAAUCAUGGGAGAGGCUCAAUCCCUGGAGCCUCCAGCCCUCAGCUGCCCUGCCCUCGCGGGCAUACCUGGCACCCCUGGGCACAACGGCCUCCCUGGCAGAGACGGAAGAGAUGGGAAAGAUGGCAAAGAGGGAGUUCCUGGACCCAAGGGGGACAAAGGAGAUACUGGAGCAGCAGUGCAGGGCCCUCCAGGGAAGAUGGGUCCAGCUGGUCCAGUGGGCCCUCCUGGCCCAAAGGGGGACAGAGGGGAUCCAGGAGCAUUGGGGAUAUUGGCCAAUGACAGCUUGCUCAUAUCAGACAUCCAGGCUCUCAGAGGAAGACUGUCUCUACUAGAAAAAGCCUCAGGUUACCGGACCUUCCGAAAGGUUGGGCUGAAGUACUAUGUGACUGAUGGGCUUCUGGCCACUUUUGAUGAGGGCCUGAAGUUCUGCUCCGAUGCUGGAGCCACACUUGUGCUGCCAAGAACAGAAGAGGAGAACCAAGCGCUAGCCAAAGUGUACGCAGUUUAUCCGUCCACUUACCCAUUCAUUGCAGCUACAGACAGGCACCAUGAAGGGCGAUUUACCGAUUUAAGUGACAGACCUUUAGAUUUCACUAAGUGGGCCAGUGGUGAGCCUAAUAAUGGUGGUGGCCAUCAAGAUUGCAUUAUUAUGCAUUCAGGUGGCUUGUGGGAUGACUGUAACUGUGAUCUUAAGAAUCUAAUCAUAUGUGAACUGACCAACUGA